AUGUUGACCCAUCUUGCGACGGAUUAUGUGGUCACCGACCGCGCGGGCGUAGCAGAAAACCGACAUGCCGUUCACGCCGCCGUCAUCGACGCCAACGGUCGUGCUUUGUAUGCAAUCGGCGACCCGUCGAGGCUCACCCUCGCCCGGUCAGCAGCCAAGCCAGCCCAGGCCCUGGCCAUCCUCGAAACCGGCGCAUUCGAGAAAUUCAACCUCGACGACGCCGAUCUAGCACUAAUGUGCGCAUCGCACAGCAGUGAAGACCGCCACGUCGCUCGGACGCGGGAUAUUCUGGCGAAAAUCCAAUGCCGUGAGGAGGACCUGCAAUGUGGUGGUCAUCCGUCCAUUUCGGAUGCUGUGAAUCGAGCUUGGAUCAAGGCCGAUUUUAUCCCUUCUGCAGUCUACAGUAACUGUUCGGGCAAACAUGCCGGAAUGCUAGCGGCAACCAAAGCCCUCGACGCUGAACUAGCUAGCUAUCACUUACCGACCAGUCCAUUGCAGGAACGGAUCAGAGACACGGUGGACGAAGUCUGCUGUCUUCCUAGGGCGAGCUCUAGAUGGGGCAUUGAUGGGUGUAAUUUGCCAGCGCCUGCUUUUCCAUUACACUGCCUGGCUCGGAUGUUCGCCAUCUUUGCUGAAGCCGCUGAUCAAGUCGAUAUCUGCAACGACUCUGAAUUAUCCUCACGAACUCGGUCUCUCGGUCGAAUCUUUCACGCCAUGUCUUCGUUUCCGGAGCUUGUGGCAGGUGAGGAUCGGUAUUGUACUGUUCUCAUGAGGGCAUUCCCGGGAAUUUUGAUUGGGAAACUCGGAGCAGAUGGCUGUUACGGGAUUGGGGUGAAGUCAUCCCAGUGGAUGGGACCGGACGACCAGUCCAGUCCGUCUCCUGCUCUUGGGAUAGCCGUGAAGAUCGAAGAUGGCAAUAUUUCCAUGUUGUAUUCUGCGGUUACGGAAAUCCUGAUUUACCUGCGGGUUGGGCAACCGGGGAUGCGAGAGCAAUUGGCAGGGUUUUAUCGGCCCCAGAUCAAGAAUACUGUCGGAGUUGUGACUGGGGAAACGACCCAUGCUUUCAAGAUUCGGAGGGUAGAUGAGGAUGGAGAUAGUCGGGAUUUGGCUUAG